AUGAAAGCAUUUAUAUUUGUGUCACUUGGCAGUGACAGUGCAACGCACGUUUCCCUUGCUAAUGACUGUGUUUAUGCUUAUACCUUCCUCUUUGAGCCUUGUAGUGAAGUGUGGUGUGUCAGUAAGGUGCAGCAUAGGGACUAAUGGUGGAGGGUGAGUUCUCAGAGUUGAGAUAUGCUAUGUAGAGCCUAGUGGGUAAUAGGAAAGCACCGCAAACCACCUAUCUUUGGUUCACACAAAGCAUCGUAUUCUGUUACAGUUCACAAUUGUAAUUCUUAGUUCUGACCAAAGAAACCACCUAUGUUGAUUUGAGUGACUAGUGUUGUUUCUGGCAUAUUUGGUGUGCCUGCAAACAACAGGGACUUUGAAUUAGAUUCCUGUGGGAAUUCAAUUCUGAUUCUCCCCCAGUUUUUUUUGGGUCUUUUUCUCUCUCCCUCUCACUAUUUAUAUUGGGUCCGUGUUGUGUUAAGCCUUUACUUGGUUUUGGAAUUUCACUUGCUUCAACCCAGCUUCACACUGUUUCUGGUUCUCAAAGCGUGAUUCAGCUUUUCCCUCUCCAUUUCUUGUUGCCAAGGGGAACAAUGAAUGCACUAGUAGCCACCAAUAGGAACUUUAGGUUGGCAUCAAGGCUUCUGGGAUUGGAUUCCAAGCUUGAGAAAAGUUUGCUGAUUCCAUUCAGGGAGAUCAAGGUUGAAUGUACUAUACCUAAAGACGAUGGCACGUUGCAAUCUUAUGUUGGGUUCAGAGUUCAACAUGAUAAUGCCAGAGGCCCUAUGAAAGGAGGAAUCAGAUACCAUCCUGAGGUUGACCCAGAUGAAGUGAAUGCUUUAGCACAAUUAAUGACAUGGAAAACAGCUGUAGCAAAUAUACCAUAUGGUGGUGCCAAAGGAGGGAUAGGGUGUAAUCCAGCAGAAUUAAGUGUGUCUGAGUUAGAAAGACUUACCAGGGUUUUUACCCAGAAAAUUCAUGAUCUGAUUGGAACUCACACAGACGUCCCAGCACCUGAUAUGGGAACAGGACCACAGACCAUGGCAUGGAUACUAGAUGAGUAUUCCAAAUUUCACGGUUACUCUCCUGCUGUAGUGACUGGAAAGCCUAUAGAUCUUGGUGGAUCUCUUGGAAGAGAUGCAGCCACAGGAAGAGGAGUGCUCUUUGCAACAGAGGCUUUGCUUAAUGAGCAUGGGAAGAGUGUAUCUGGACAACGGUUUGUCAUACAGGGUUUUGGAAAUGUAGGGUCAUGGGCUGCCCAAUUAAUUAGUGAGCAAGGUGGAAAAGUUGUUGCUGUGAGUGACAUAACUGGAGCCAUAAAGAACAGCAAAGGUCUUGACAUCCCAAGCCUACUCAAGCAUUCCAAAGAGCACCGUGGCAUAAAAGGAUUCCACGGUGGCGAUCCAAUUGAUCCUAACUCAAUAUUGGUUGAAGAUUGUGAUGUUCUAGUCCCAGCAGCUCUUGGGGGUGUCAUCAAUAGGGAAAGUGCAAAUGAAAUCAAGGCCAAAUUUAUUGUUGAAGCGGCUAACCACCCAACGGACCCAGAGGCCGAUGAGAUUCUGAGGAAGAAAGGUGUUGUGAUCCUCCCAGACAUAUAUGCAAAUUCAGGAGGCGUUACAGUUAGCUACUUUGAAUGGGUUCAGAACAUCCAAGGGUUCAUGUGGGAUGAGGAGAAAGUGAACAAUGAGUUGAAGACCUACAUGACCAAAGGUUUCAAAGAUGUGAAGGAAAUGUGCAAAACCCAUGAAUGUGAUCUUCGUAUGGGAGCAUUUACCCUUGCGGUUAACCGUGUAGCACGGGCUACUGUUCUUAGGGGUUGGGAAGCUUGAGUUCCUAUUAUUUUUGCUUUGAAUAAAAGAGCUCCACUCUCAGCAACACUUAACAAUUCUUGCUACCAAAGCUUUUAAUACUUUUCAUGUGUUGAGUGAAUUGUAUUCUUACCAUAAAUUUUCUUGGAUCCAUUUUAUAUCUGACUUUUAUCUAAGGGGAAGGCUCCAAAUACUAUUCUUGGAUUAAUAUUCCAUAUGCUGUUGGUGUAUGAAUGUUUUUGCACUAACAGGCUUAAAAUUCUGAAAAUACAAUGUGCGCGAUUUUCAAAAUG